GUUGAAGUAAAUAUAAAUAUUAAAUAAUUAUAAUUAAAGUGCUUGCAGCCCAAACAUAUAGUACUGAGCUGGCUGCUCUAGAGGAGCUGCAGUGGUUGCGUAACGUGUGUGUGUGAGUUCGGAAACAGGUUGGAAUUGCAAUUGGCCCCAAAAAUGGCAUUAAGUUUUCGUUUGACACGUUUAGCUGGUGGAGGCCGGUGGAGCACCUGCUGUUCACUGCAAAAUGGCCAUAGACUGGCCCUGUUGGGCAGCGGAAGGAGGGUACAGUGCAUUCAGAUGUUCAAGAAUUACGCCACACAGGCACAAGAGAAAACAACCGGCAGCGCCAGCCCCCCACAAAUUAAGCGAAAUGUGGCAGCAGAGAUAACCAGCGUGGGCAAGGCUAUCUACGAGACUGGGUGGGAUGAAAAAAAGCCAAAGAAACCGGCACAGCCACAAGAGGCAGGACUAGGUCCUAAUUUGUCCAAGUACAUACCGGAUGAACCAGAGCAGCCCAAGAAAGAUAAGGAGCUGGAUACACAAAAAACAAAGCGCGAACAAAUGCGUGAUGAUAUGCAAGAUUAUAUAUUCACGCGCUAUUUUAAUUAUGUCAAAAACUAUGACAAAGUGCUGGAGAAGAACUUUCCUAAGGCUAUGCAGCUCUAUCGGGUGUUCUUUGAUGGUGUAACAAUGUUUUUUGCAGAUAUGAAACGUUUUUUAAAAAUAUCACGCAUUGCCAAUAAUUCACCACAAGGUGUCAGAGCCUUGAAUCGCCAAGAAUUAGAGUUAUAUAUGCAAAUGCCGCGUGAUAUGAUGAAGGUUGCGCCAGCACUUAUUGGCUGCUCUCUGCCUAUGGUGGGCUAUGCUUUCUUUCCGCUUGUCUUUUACUAUCCUCGCUCGUUUCUAACGCCACACUUCUGGACACUGCAACAGCGCGCAGAGUUUCUGGAUUAUUACAUUAAACAUCGCCUGCAGUGCAAUAAGUCUGUAUUUCGUUGUCUGCAAUCUAAGCUUAAAUCGCUGGCUGGACAUCCUCAUCAUACAGAGUUUGAAUGUAUACUGGGUCAACUGGGCAGUGGCACACAUCCCACGCCAGAGGCGCUAAUAGCGGUCAAAGACAUCUUUGCCGAAGGACCUUAUUCGCUACUGGGCAUGCCACGCAAACAUGUCAAAUGCUUAAUCAAGAUGCAUGGCCUGCCUAAUAGCAUUUUCAAGCGUCAUCGGCUCCAUGAGCAUGCUUUCUUGGUGCACUACAUGGAUCUGGCUAUCACACGUGAAGGUGGGGUACAUAAUCUAAGCUCUGAGGCUUUACGUUACUCUUGUUAUUUGCGUGGUCUAAAUCCCGCCAAUUUAAGCAACGAACAAAUGAUCGAAUGGCUGCGCAAUUGGGUAAAGGUCUCCACGUCAAUACAAGGCGAACAUAUCACACUGUUCCUGCAUCUGCCCAUAUUGCUGGGCUACAAUCAUCCCAAUAAUUGGAAGACAAUAUAUGGCCACAAGACAGAUGGCGUUUAAUUGUUGAGAGCGUGUGAUUUUUUGUUAUGCAAAUAAAACAUUGUUACAACAAGCGUUUGAUAAUUAUAGUAGACAGAACAACAGGGGGAUUCAUGUGUUUUUCCUAAAAAUAACACUUCUUUUUUUAUUUGCUCAAGCAGUUACUCUCGUUAAAAAAUCUGUGUUGUUUACUUCUUGGGCGCGGCCUUCUUGCCACCCUUGGCUUUCUGGGCGCG